CUUUAAAAGCCUGUCCCUUUAAGAAACUUCACCUGGACACACCUGAACUUCCACAACGGGAGUUUCACUUCAAAAAAAGGAAGAAAAACAUUUCAGAAAAUAUAACAUCGUGUGCCGAAAUCGGGGCCCUGGGAAGAUGAAAAAGGGCCUUCCUGCAAAAGUUGCAGUGCCCCAGACCCCUGAAUGGGUUGCAGAUGUGGACAAUCUAACAAAAACCAUAAACGGCACAGAGGGUUCCAAAGCAAUGAUGAAAUGUGCAGAUAUGGAACCCAGUACCCUACAGUGGCCCGAGAAGAAAUCUAAACCACAAAGCACAGGCAAGGACGGAGAGACCACAAGCGUGAGAUCCAAUUGCGUAUCGCUCCGAGGUGGAGUGAGCAGGACGGAAAGCGAAAGGGAGGAGUUUGGGAUGGGAGAGAAGCAGAAGAUGGGUGAGGGAUGGAUGGAGACGGACGGAAAAAGGGCUUCCGAGAUGGAGCUGAGGAAUGGAGUGAAAAGCAUCUCUUACUCGGAGAUCGAGGUGGAGGAGGAGAAUGUUAUGCCAGAGAAAGCAGCUGGAGUGUUUAAUACCAGCGUCACCGUUCUGCGCACCACCAGCCAGCCGGAAUAUCCCCAGGAUAGAGUUGACACCUGGAGAGAUGGUGAAGAAGAGAAAAGCCAAUUCCUGGGGACACACAGUAUGCAUGGAACACCUCUAGACGAGUAUAACAGAGACUGGCCUAUUGAGAGCGAACCAUACUGCUGUAUCUAUGACGGGUCGAGUCGCGAAGCCCUUAAACUGGGUGCAUCUAUGUUCACUUCGGCUUUAAUCUUCCCACUAUUGGUGUGGGGUGGGUACGUCUUCCUCCCAUUUGAUGCCCCUCCACUCGACAGCGCACCCCUAAGGCUGGUCUACACAUUGCGCUGCUCUGUUUUUGCAGUCAUACCUAUUGUGCUCGGUGUGUUGGUACUAGGCGUGUCCCGUCUGUGGUAUCGCUCAUUGAAGCCGCGAUUUGAGGGGGAGAGGGAAGUUAAACAGGUUGCCGUUCACCAGCGCUACGUGGAGGAUUCCAUCUCCCUCUUUCUUCUUUACUUUUUGCAGCUGGCUGUCAUGGCUGCGUACCUGAAUCAAGAUCUGCUUAAACUGGUUCCUCUUCUCACCAUCGUCUUUGCAUUUGGCAGACUGCUUUACUGGAUCACAGCAGUGUGCGACAGCAGCAUACGGGGUGUUGGCUUCGGGUUCUCCUUUCUUCCGAUGCUGGUCAUGCUGGUGGCAAACCUCUACUUCAUCUUCCUCUCAGAUUCUGCAGGUUCUCUGUUUGCACUAGACGUCCCCGAAACACAAGUUCCUCCAGUCAAGCAGAGGUUUUGGGGCUAGAACAGCCACGUUGGACUCCUUGGCAACUGGACAUCUCAAAGCUUAGAGCCAGCAUAUGUGCAUUGGACUAGAACAUUUCUGUUUGAAAAUCUUUAAUCUAACUGUGAUUUUUUUUUCGCGUGUUCCUCUUCUAUUCUUGACUACUGAAAUGUAUAUAAUGACUAGGUUAACUGCCAGAAUGCCAGUCAAGCUGCCAAGGUGGGGCGAAGAAUAGAGAUGGGGGUGGAAUAAUGAGGGAGGGAGUGUGGAGCUCUUCUUGCAGGACAAACUUAGAAAUAGAAGUAAAAACUUGAAACCCAAAGCUGCAGUAAAUUAAGCUGAAGGACAUUAAAUGUACCUUAGUGGAGCCAAAAACAAAUCCAGAGCAGAUGCGGUGUAAGGUUUUUAAUCACUCAGAAGAGCUCCAGAUGGACGGGUUUCAAAUUUUCGACUAUUUUAAGAUGCGAGAACGUCAAUGAGAAGAAACGAAUUUUUCAGAUAUUUAUUCCACAAAUGUGUAUUUUUGUAUGGCUAAGCUCUAUGCAUUGUUUGCUUGUUCAAGGCACCUGGAAGUAUUGCGUUCUUUGCCUGCCCAAGCAUGUCAUUUUCCACAGGCGCUUCUUUGUCUCUCUCUCUUAUUUAAGGGAAGUAUGCUGUUUACAGUAAGCAAGGUUUAGAAAUAAACGUUUAAUAUAAAACUAUAAGCAUUAGAAAUCUCUAAGACCUUGUAAAAUGAUAUUUUCAUGGUAAAGCCAUCUGUUAUAAUGUGUUCGAAUAUUUACAGAAUUCUUUAUGUUGUCAUAAACAUUGUUUAACCGGAUGUAUUCAUGACAUGGACUGUUUGGCAUGUUUUUGCCCUUUAU